AUGCUUACACCUGCAAAGAAGUUAUAUGGGUUUCCCGUCUUUGUCGGAUCCUGUAUAAUCUCUGGGAUCACAAUAGCAUUUGUAUUAUGGGAUGAACAUCGAAAUCGGGACCGGCGUCAGGCUUCGGUCAGAGAACGGCUGAAGACCAUCACCGAUCAGCAGCAGACCAACAUGGAAGAGUACGCGCUGCAGAAACAAAAAUACGAUGAGUACAAGCAGGCGCAUUCC